AACAAAUACACAUUUUCCGUCCAGCAGGGAUGCGGUCACUCUUCACCUGAAAUCAUAUGAUCGAUUUGCAGUGAAAAUUUUCAGACGUCGGGCAGAAGGCAAAGCACGGUUGUACGUGGAUUUCUUCGGAACAUUGAUUUUCUUUUGGUUUUGUGCGAGUGAAAAAAUCCGUCAAGAUGGCAUUGAGCGAUGCUGAUGUACAGAAACAGAUCAAACACAUGAUGGCGUUCAUUGAGCAGGAGGCCAAUGAAAAAGCCGAGGAGAUCGACGCCAAGGCUGAGGAGGAGUUCAACAUCGAGAAAGGCCGCCUCGUCCAGCAGCAGCGUCUCAAGAUCAUGGAGUACUACGAGAAGAAGGAGAAGCAGGUGGAACUCCAGAAGAAAAUCCAGUCGUCCAACAUGCUCAACCAGGCUCGUCUGAAGGUCCUGAAAGUGCGUGAGGACCAUGUGAGCAGCGUGCUGGAGGAUGCCCGUAAGCGUCUCGGCGAGGUCACAAAGAACCAGUCUGAAUACAAGACGGUUCUGACCAAGCUCAUCGUCCAAGGCCUGUUCCAGGUGAUGGAACCCAAGGUGAUCCUGCGCUGCCGCGAGGUCGAUGUCCCGCUGGUGCGAGAUGUCCUGCCCGCAGCCGUGGAGCAGUACAAGAAGGACAUGAGGCAAAACGUCGAUUUGGUCAUCGAUGAGAAAGACUAUCUCUCUGCUGACACUUGCGGUGGUGUUGAAUUGCUGGCCCUGAACGGACGCAUCAAGGUGCCCAACACUCUGGAGUCCAGGUUAGAGCUGAUCUCCCAGCAGCUGGUGCCCGAGAUCCGUAACGCCCUGUUCGGCCGUAACGUCAACCGUAAAUUCACCGACUAAAUUCUUAAGUGCAAAAACCUACAAAAAAUCUGAUCUGAUCCGGCAUCAACAUCCAUUUAGCAGGAACAGUUCCAAGUUAAUUACAACAGCUCCACCCACUUAAUAAUGAACCCAAAAACAAAGUAAACUCAUCCUUUGGCAUUCGGGAGAAAGAUAGGAUUAUAUAUUCGUUUUCAAAAUACUUUUGCCGUUGUCUUUGUAUAGUGAAACUGAUAAAACACUGAGGAACAUUUGCAACAGUUAUAUAUGGUACCCUCACACAAAACACAUAUAUACGUCCGUAUAUAUGUGAGUAUGCCAAUACGUACUAUAUAAAUUAGAGGACAAGAUCCUAGGAGCAUAAAAAAGAAUUAUUCGAGUUUGUUAAAGUUUGUUCGUUUUACAUGCGUGCAUAUUUCUGAACUGCAGGUCCAGAGGCAUGUGCUUUUUGUUGUAUACAUACACUUAAAAUUUUUGCAUACAUUCCUGUCCAAGUUUUUAUUUUUGUAUUUUAACUUUUGCACCUCUUUUACGUUGGUUUUGUAAAUUAUUUUCUGUCCCCUGUAGUCUUUGUUGAAUUUUUUUAAUAUCUGUGUCGUUUAUGUUUGCAAUUAUUAGGUGCAGCUAAGUAGGAGAGGCGAGGCAGCAGUGCCGCUGACAGCCUGUGCUAGCUACCCAUCAGCAUUAUUGUCCUCGGGAUCACCGAAAUGAACUUGUAUUUUAUUUCGCUGCGUCGAGGGCAAUGGGAGCCUGUACAGUUGUCACCGGCACACUUUUAAAAGGCCAUCAUCAUAAACAUAGUCUGUUGUUGAAAAAGAAUACACAGUUUAAGGGAAAGCACGCAACAUUUUUCGCAUUUCGCAUCUUAUAUCAUGACAUUGAAGUAUUGCCAAGCCGGCCAAGUAGCUAAACUUGUUGAUCCUACAAUUAGUUUAACUUCCACAUCAUAAAAGUCGUAAUUAAAACUUAUAUAAAAAAAAUAUACUUAUAUAUAUAAAAAAAAAGGAAAUUAGAAUGACACAAUUUAUGGCGCUGUCCCCGCUUCCUGUCUAUGCUGCACCAUCAUAUCAUCUGGAUUCAAGCAAAACUAAAUUCAUAAAGAACUACAACUAUUUUGAACCUUGUAUUUGAAUGUUCGCCAAUGUUCAUAGUGUAUUCUUCAAGCUCAUUUUCUAACCGUUACCAAGUAAAUUGUUCAAAUAUGAAUAACUAAUAAUUACAAAUUUAGCAAACAAAUACAAAAAUAGCAUAUGCGUUAUUAUAUAACAUCGAGUACUAUAUACAUUACAUGAAAUACGAAAUGCAAGAAAAAUUACUUUUAAACAAAAUUUAUGUUGAAUAAAAACAGUAUUUCCAAAAACUAAA